AUGUUGAUAGUAAGUCAAGUUCUUAUAGCCUUGGCUGUAUUUUUUCUGACUGUGUGGUUUUUGAAGUUGCAACGAGUACGGAGACAUCUUCCUCCUGGACCCAUCCCUCUUCCAGUUUUGGGGACCUUGAUACAGCUGAACUUUCAGUUUAAUCGUGAUAUCCUCAUGAAGCUGGCAAAAUAUCAUGGCAACGUAUACACCUUAUGGUUUGGACAGACCCCAGCGAUCAUACUGAAUGGAUUUCAAGCAGUUAAGGAUGGUAUGACUACACACUCUGAAGAUGUUUCUGGGAGACUAGUAUCUCCUUUCUUUAGAGCUAUGGCCAAAGGAAAAGGGAUUAUGCUGGCAACCGGCCACACCUGGAAGCAGCAGAGGAGGUUUGCACUGAGGACUCUGCGCACCCUUGGUCUGGGGAAAAGAGGUCUGGAGCAUCGAGUUCAAGAAGAGGCCCGCUACCUGGUAGACUUCUUUGCAAGUAUGAAAGGGAAACCCCUGGAUCCUUCUUUUCCUCUCAUUCAUUCCGUCUCAAAUGUAAUUUGUGCUGUUGUUUUUGGACAUCGCUUCUCUAGAGAGGAUGAAAACUUCCAUGAACUGAUUAGAGCCACAGAGUGUCUAUUCAAAUUUGGAGGCAGCUUUGUUCAUCAUCUGUAUGAAAUCUUCCCCUGGCUGAUGUGCCAUCUCCCUGGCCCUCACAAGACUGCAUUGUCUUGCUAUGAUCUCCUGAGCUCUUUUACAAGGAGAGAGAUCAGAAUGCACACAGAGCGUGGGAUACCAGAUGAACAGCAGGAUUUCAUUGACUUUUACCUGGAUCACAUUGAAAAAUCCAAAGAUGAACCCAUGUCGACUUUCAAUGAAGACAACAUGGUUUAUUCUAUAAAUGACCUUUUCUUGGGUGGGUCAGAGACAACAAGCACUACUUUGAACUGGGGCCUGCUCUACAUGGUGGCCAAUCCAGACAUCCAAGAGAAAGUUCAGAAGGAGUUGGAUGCUGUUCUGGGUCCUUCCCAGUUAAUCUGCUAUGAGGAUCGGACACAAACGCCCUACACAAACGCUGUGAUCCAUGAGAUCCAGCGCUUCAGCAACGUUGUCUCGGUUGGCAUGCCCCGAAGGUGUGUGAGAAACACCACCUUGUUUGGCUUUCCCCUCAAAAAGGGCACCAUAAUUCUUCCAAAUAUUGCUUCAACGUUGUAUGACCCAGAGCAGUGGGAAACACCUCGAAAGUUCAACCCUGGUCACUUUCUGGAUGAGGAUGGAAACUUUGUGAGCCGAGAAGCCUUUUUACCAUUCUCAAUAGGGCACCGUGUGUGUUUGGGGGAGCAUCUAGCAAGGACCGAGCUCUUCAUUUUCUUUGCCAACCUGCUGCGGGCCUUCACCUUCCGGCUGCCAGAGGGGGUGACAGAGAUCAGCACGGAGCCCAUUCUGGGGGGCACACUGCAGCCCCACCCCUACAGGCUCUGUGCCAUUCCACGCUAG